UGAAAGGGAACACGAAACAGUUCAACGCCUUCACGCUACAGACCGCCGCCUCGACAACGACACCGUUGAGCUCAGCGCUGAAUAAUUAAAUGGAUGCUCGCAUCACCUUCCAGCCCCGAUCGCUCACGCUCUCUGUCUCUCUCUGCCCUUGGUGGUGCAGAGGAAUCUCCAUAAAUUCGAUUCAAGGAAGAAUCUCCGUGUCUCUGUGAUCGAUUGGCCUUUUGCUCCCGCGACCUACUGUGGAGACUUCUCUGUUCUUCCCUCGCCCCUUUUUUUUCUUGAUUAAAAUUCCAAACUUGUGGCGGAUUCCACGCUGUACGAUCUCCAAUCGCAGAAAGCUGCAAUUUUUCCCCUUUUAAAACCUUUCCAGCGAUCGAGAAGUCUGUAAAAAUCGCAUCUUGGGCCCGAGAUCCCCCGCUUGGUGAAGGCAAAGCACGAGCCGGAGCAGCGGCGGGGGUUGCGAAUGGAGCGGCCGCAGCAGCAACAGCAGGCGGAGCGGGCGGCGGUGGUGGCGAUCGAGUGCGUUGCGGGGAGCUCGAGGGCGGAGGAGUGGGGCGGCGACAUGCUGCAGACGGGGGACGUGGUGGAGGAAAUCAAGAUAGGUGGGUUGCCCGCGAUCCGCUCCCCUUUCAAGGGCGGGAAGAGCGGCGUUCAGAAGCUGCUCCACUCCGCCUACAAGCGCAACGACACCUCCAUCGAGGUCAGAGUUCGUCGCUGCGGCGGAGAGGCCGUCGGCCUGCAGGCCUGCAUCGUUCCCCACGGCUCCUCCGGUCGCCGCCAAUACGUGCUCCGCUCCAUCCAUGACCCCAACUACGCCGUCGGCUUCGUCGACCGCCUCGAGAGCGAGUGCAUCGCCUUGCAGGGCUCAAGGAGCUCCAGGGUCGUCUGUGCUCUAAGCACUGCCAGGCUGCAAGAUGGAUAUGUAUCAUACAACUGGGAAAAGAAGAUGGAGUUUCUUCCAGUGGCCAACUCGAGCUGCUUCCUGUCGAUGCUGAUUCUUCCAAAGGCCUUAGACGCAGUUGCAUCGCGGUACAAUUCGCUCGAGGACACCUUGGCCCGUGCCAAUUCCUGGCUCUUCUGCUCUCAGCACUCUGGCGUCCCCAUUGAGUUCAUGAGCGUGCAGACUGAAGCUCUCUUAACCAAGAUAUCGGGCGAGACUGCCUCUGCGACCGUGAACACUGGAUCACUUUCAGACCUCUCAAACCUCGCAAACGCUAGCCUCUACGGGUUCGAGGACUACCACGGCGUCGACAUUGGAGUGGUCAAGGCAGUUCGGCUUUGGUACACGGCGGCUGCUGGGGAAGUAGCAGUAGACAUCAAGCUCCAAGAAGGUGACACCAAGCUGGGCUUUUCCAUUAGUCGCACUGAAGAGGGAUUCAUCUACAUCUCUUCAGUAGAUGAAACAGACAUUGAAGCAGCUUCAACGCGCUCAGGCCUUGGGGAUCUGUUCCGGCAAGCGAAGAGCGAUUCGAAGCUGCUGGUGAUCUCGAGGGUGUCCAACGAGAAGGUCCUCCCAUGGAUGGUGUCCUCUGCAGGAGCCAUUCGCUGUUUCGACACCAUCUCCCUCAGCCAGAAGCUCUCCCUCCACAGGCACGCCAUGAAGCCGAUCCGGAUCCACGUCCUGAUGUGGGAGCAUCUAUCAGGCAACAGUCCGACGCCGUCUCUCUCUCGUCCUUUACCUCCGUCUACAGCCGAUUCGCCGGAAAUCGGACGAGAUGGGGACAGCGUGGGCGAUCUAUCCUUCAGAUUUAAUGAGCUCAUUUCUUCAAACAGAUGGUUAUGACCCAUGAAUGCAUAUAUUGACUUGACUGAGUUGAGAUCACGUCUGUUCUUCCACUUCUGUAUCUGGUUGAGUUGUUCUUGAAGGAAAUAUAAUUGCAAAUCACAGAAUAAAACUUCAAGGAAAGCUUCUUUGUAUAAAGCACAUUGCAUUCUUGCUUUUCCUUGUAAUCAGGACUUUAAUGCGCAA